AUGAGUGUUAUGAAUGUUAUGGUAGGGAUGAAUAGUUCUUGGGUGAUAAAAUACAUUAUGGAUCUUAGAGGUAUAACCACUCAGUAUAAGCAAAUCUGGGAUAACAUGUUGCAGAACAGAAAAUUCAAUAUGAAGAAGAUUUAUGAUGCUAUGAUUGAUGAUAAUACGCGGGUGACGUGGAGAUACUUGUUUAAGAAUAACUGUGCAAGACCUCGUGCCAACCAUGUUGCUUGGCUGAUUUUCCAUGGGAAGCUAGGAACUAAGAAUAGGCUGAGUCAUUUUGGGUUGAUCAAGGAAAAUUUCAGCAGCUUAUGUAAAACUGAUGAUGAGUCAAUCAGACAUCUCUUCUUUGAGUGCAGGAUCACAAAUAAUAUUUGGAAGUACAUCUUGAAGUGGCAAGAAGUGAAUCACGUUCCUGGGAGUUGGCAAGAUGAGCUGAAUUGGGUUAUAAAGUUUACUGCUAGGAACGGAUGGAGAGUUAAUAUGAUGAAGUUAGCUCUGUCUGAAACCUUAGGAUGGGGCUCUACAAAUCUUAGAGACCAUAUAGCUAAAUUGAUGUGUUAG